AUGAAACUCGCCGCAAUCUCCAUUCUCGCGUCCCUCGCGGCAGCCAGGCCGAUCACCGGCCCUGCCUGCAUCGAAGACAACGAUCUCAUCAACAAGCUCUCUGCAUAUCAAAUCAACUCCGACAACACCUCUGGCCAAAGCUGUCCCGAAUUCCGUUCACGGCUUGCAGAGUCGGUCAAGGCUUCGGCUGCUCGGGCGAGCGGUGCAGAGGCGGAUGAUCUCUACGGCCUCGCUGGAUGGAUUGAGGCUCUCAACGGCUAA